CCUCAUUUAACCCCCCCGCCGCCGCCCUCCCCACCGCUACUCCUCCCCUCCCGCCGCGCCGCGCCGCGCCGCCCCUCGCCGCCGCGACGUCAGCCAUCCGCCAUGGCGUCGGAGAAGAAGCAGUCCAACCCGAUGAGGGAGAUCAAGGUGCAGAAGCUGGUGCUCAACAUCUCCGUCGGGGAGAGCGGAGAUCGCCUCACCCGUGCCUCCAAAGUCUUGGAGCAACUGAGUGGACAGUCACCAGUGUUCUCAAAGGCCAGAUACACUGUUCGCUCAUUCGGUAUCAGGCGUAAUGAGAAGAUUGCAUGCUACGUAACUGUUAGGGGUGAAAAAGCAAUGCAGCUUCUUGAAAGUGGACUGAAGGUGAAGGAAUAUGAACUUCUGAGGAGAAACUUCAGUGAAACAGGGUGCUUUGGUUUCGGAAUCCAGGAACACAUUGAUCUUGGCAUCAAGUACGAUCCAUCAACAGGUAUUUAUGGUAUGGACUUCUAUGUUGUCCUUGAGCGUGCUGGAUACCGCGUUGCUCGCCGUCGCAGAUGCAAGUCUCGUGUUGGCAUUCAGCACCGGGUGACUAAGGAGGAUGCCAUGAAGUGGUUCCAGGUCAAGUAUGAAGGUGUUAUCCUCAACAAGGCCCAGGCUAAUACAUCGUAAGACCUAAUGAGAUAGGUUUAGGUUCAGUCACUGCAUGUUUUGAUCAUGUAAUGCAAUGACGGACUACAUUAUUUUGCCAAGUCAUUUUGUUUGAGUGAAUUUUGCACUUGGGAACUUGUUACACCUUGCUUGAAAAAUCUGAUAUCAGGCCGCCCCUUUCA